AUGGAAAGUUACGAAAUACGUGUAUGUAUAUAUACAUACGUGUCUAUUAUAUUUUUGCUUAGUGCGCAGUAUUGGAUUUGUUUCGUUGAGCAAGUACUUAGUACAGAAUAAACGGUGUAAAGAUUGAGGUCUUCACGGCUCUACCACCCGCCUUCAAGGCGUAUCUGACUUACGGCUUUGCCCGCUGGGCUGUCCCGGUUAAAGAGAGCGGAGAAAUGUCAAUACGGGCGGUCGUUCAUCGUUUUGUGCAAAAUGGUCGCGUCGUAUUGCGCUUAUUACGAAAUAACGAGCGCUUCCAUUCAUCAGGGUACACGGCCAAACACCUCGACAAGAUACACGUUGCACAGACAGGCAAGUUCCAGAAUAGUGGCCUUCUUUGCCGAAAUACUGGCAAUGUAUGGAGUACAAGGAGACAUCUCGAUUAUUUAGGCACAAAUGCUCGACGCAUCUUCGUCGACAAUGUCUUGAAGAGGGUAACUAAUAGCCUGGCCGCAGAUUUACGAAGACGCACCGCAAGUAGACUCGUUUUUGGCGAUUCCGCACCAUUCUUCGCUCUCGUUGGCAUAUCAUUGGCAUCAGGUACAGGAAUAUUAACAAAGGAUGAUGAAUUGGAAGGAGUGUGUUGGGAAAUCCGGGAAGCAGUUUCGAAACUACGAUGGAAUAUGCCGCAAAAUGAUAAAAACUACCAAACUAUUUGUGUUGAUGAGAAUGCUGUAACUUUACAAAAUUUUGUAAUGGGACCUAUGAUUGCUAAGGGUUGUUCUGCUGCUGUAUACGCAGCACGAUUUGUAAUGAAUACUACACAGGACAAAGAUACCUCAACAGAUAUUGAUGUCAAAGCGAACGAUAUAAGUACGUUCCCGUUAGUUUUAAAAAUGAUGUUUAAUUAUGAUGCAGAAUCCAAUGCCGCUGCUAUUUUAAAAGCCAUGUAUAAGGAAACAGUGCCCGCUAAAAAGUAUUAUAGAAAUGAUAACUCGGCUAUUUGGGAGCAAAAACUGGCAGAAAAUAUGAUUGCAUUACCACCUCAUCCAAACAUCGUGGCAAUGUAUUAUGUCUUUACUGAUAAAAUACCGAUGUUACCUGGCUCUUGGGGAAUGUAUCCUGAUGCUUUACCAAGUAGAAUCAAUCCUCAUGGAUCAGGCAGAAAUAUGAGUUUGUUUUUGGUGAUGAAAAGAUAUGACGUUACCCUGAAACAAUAUAUAAUGAAUCAUAACAUUGAUAUGCGAGUGUCAAUAUUGUUGCUCGCUCAGCUUUUAGAAGCAGUCGCUCAUAUGAAUAUACAUGGCGUAGCGCAUCGAGAUCUGAAAAGUGACAACAUUUUACUCGAUCUAUCAGAAGAGACUGAUAAUUCUCCGUCAUUGGUUGUAACGGAUUUUGGCUGUUGUCUGGCUGAUAAAAAUCAUGGAUUGUAUCUGCCUUAUAACACUCAUGAUAUUGAUAAAGGCGGCAAUGUUACACUCAUGGCACCAGAAGUGAUAACAGCAGAACCUGGUCCUUUUACUAAUAUAAAUUACACAAAAGCUGAUCUGUGGACAAUAGGGACUAUAGCUUAUGAGAUAUUUGGGAUGCAAAAUCCAUUUUAUGGCGCAAAGGGUGAGAAAGCUCCUUUAAACAAUUAUGAUUAUGUUGAAAAUGAGCUUCCUGCAUUGCCAGAUAGCCUUCCACCUAUUAUCAGCACUGUUAUCAAAAAUGCGUUGUCAAGAAAUUUAUAUAAGCGACUUGAUAGCGAACUGGCAGCAACUAUAAUGCAACUAUAUCUAUGGGGACCUAGCUCGUGGCUGAAAAACGAGGCACAGUUACCAUCGAGCAACGAGAUUAUGCAAUGGCUUUUGUGUUUAACCACAAAAGUUCUUUGUGAAGGACGAAAAGAAAAUUUACCCCUGUCGUACGGCUUGGUCGUUGAUACAAAAGACGAUAUCAACAGACGAAACGCAUAUAAACGAACACUUUCGAUGCAUUCUUGUGGAAGACGGACAAUGCCAGAAUAUCAAUUAAUUGCAAGCUUUCUCGGCAGGGUAACACUUACCAAUGUUAAAAAUGCAUUAAGAUGGAUACAACGAAAUGUUUAUUGAAGAUAGUAUAUGUGUGUUGACGCACACACGUUUAUAAAACAAACAAUUCGGUCAUAAUGUUAUAUAGCAACUUAUUUACCUUCAGCAUAUCGAGAACAAUUUAAAACAUCCACCUUGACAAAUUCAAGAAUAUGUUAUUACACACGCACACGCACACACACACACACACACACACACACACACACACACACACACACACAUGCCCCCCCCCCCCCAUACACACAAAGUUUCUGUUUCUUACUCUAUUUCUCUUGAAGAUUGUAUUGUUAUUUUCAUAUUUGAUUUGUAAUAUUUGGUUUUGAUACUUCAGGAAGCACAAAAGGGUAAAAAAGCAAUUCUAAAA